UGACACACAUAAAUGAAAAGAAAUCUGCAAAAUGGUUAUUCUGCACGAUGAGGAAUAUUAUCGAAGAAGAGUACCUGAACCCGAUUUCGGAGCACUUCAAAAUUUUAUACGGUUUUUUUGGAAUCCAGAUACAAAAGAGUUCCUUGGUAGAGGCUGGAAAGAAUGGAUAUUACUGGGGCUGUUCUACUCGUGUUUCUUCGUCGUUUUGGGUUCCCUUUUUGCACUUCAAAUGUGGAUCAGUAUUGAGUAUGUCUCGAAACUAGGACGACCGUUCUUUCUUUAUAAUGGCUUAAUACCUAGGUCUUACUUUGGGGUCAACUUUUCACUUUUCCGUCAAUUAGAUCUUGAUAGUCCAGGAAUUGCUUUCAAACCUAACGUUUUGUUACCACUGACAUCUCCUAUUAUUUGGGUAGACAAUUCUAGCGUGAAUGCUCGUUCGAAAAGAUAUGUGGAAGCUUUGAGUGAUUUCUUGCAAGAGUACAAUAAAAGUAAAGAGAAUUAUAAAACGGAGAGUAUAGAAUACAGUAGUGGAGCAUCGAAUAUAAAACCUUAUUUUUUCGAUAUUGAAAGUCUUGGCGUUUGCGGACAGCCCCCAUAUGGAUAUACAAAUCCACUGCAACCAUGUGUGCUCAUUAAGUUUAAUAAAAGAUUUAAUUGGGUACCAAUUCCUUAUAAUAAAUCCUCCAUUUUACCGAAUAACAUGCCAUAUGCUUUGCAAGAAGCCGUGCAAUUUUCGAACAAGUUACAAGUCUGGUUAUGGUGUGACGGAGUAAAUAAUGUUGAUAAAGAACAUAUUGGAGAAGUUCAGUAUUUACCAAGUCCUGGCUUUCCCGUGGAAUAUUUUCCAUUUAUAGGACAACCAGAUUAUUUGGCACCGAUAGUAGCACUGCAUUUUAAAAAUAUUACAUUACUUAGACUAAUAACGGUGGAAUGUAGUUUGUGGGCGUUCAACAUUAACAAGGAAUCACAGAAUGCAUUGGAUUUCCAAAUAAUUCUGGGCGAAUCAUAAAAAGCGAUGGUCGACGAAUGCCCUGCAUCUCAAGUAUCUCAAGUAUUUAUUAACAUUUGUUAUAUUUAUGCAACUUUAUUUUUGUACUGCAACAAGAAAUUACGAACAACUUAAUUUACGUAGAAUGAUAAGUAUUUCUUUUCUCUAUUUGUGAAGUUUCUAGUUGAAUUUAAUUGAAUUAAAUAUUUAUAUUUUAAGUUAUUAUAAAUAAUGUUCUCGCCAUUAAUGAUUUCUUUAUUAUGUAUUGUGUUACAUUAAUAAUACAUGAAAAUGUAUUUUCCCGAUAUCAUCUUGUUUACAGAACAUUAUCUGAAAUACGUUUAUAAAAAUAAUGAAGGCAGUAUUUAUGUGGAUGACAAUGUUUUUUUUUUUUUUUUAAUUGAUUCCAACUGCGGCAUAUCUAGAUCUUCUGCGAUAACAUAAAUCUAAUAUUUAAUGUUUAUCCCUUAAAAGGCUAAACCAAUUCUGCCGACAGAGUAACAGCAUAAGAUUACAGAGCUCCAUUUACAGAAUUUCAUAUUUUUAUUAAAGUAAAGAAUUAAUAACUUUUAUUAUAUGUAAACGAGAAGAGGACAUGAAGAAGCUUUAUUUAUCGACAGACAUGCGGUGUGUACACCUAGGAAAAUUGUGUUGGAAUUUAUUGCAUUUAUCGGACUUACUGUUCCUUCUGGAACCAGCAAUGCUCUUUAGAGCAAGAAAAUGAAUAAAGAUAAAGAAAAAUUGAGGAGGAAAAAGGAAAACAGACAGUGAGAAAGUAAGAAAGAGAAAAUAGAAAAAUGAUAAAUGAAGAAAUGAAAAAGGAGAAAGAUAUAAUAAAGAAA